AUGGCUAUAAUCGAUACAUCUGAGGACGGCAUGUUAAAAAUUUUCAUGCAUGAUUUGCAGAAUGGACAGAUAUACAUUCUUAUCAUUGAGUUGCGGGAUCCUAGUAUACAUGCCAUUGAGUUUGUUCUGAAAGAUGACAGUCAUGAUAGAUGGUUGAAAUUGAACCACAUAAAUUUUCAAAUCGAGAUACCAGCAAGUGAUGCUCCAGUAAUAAUUUCUCACUCUGAUUCUAGCACACCAAAGGAUCUUAUAGAUCAUAGGGCAAAUUCACAAUGGGAGGGAAGGCCUGUAAGUUUGUCUCAACAACACAAGCAACAUUAUGAUAAUGCGUUGACAGAGCUCCCAAAUCACUUAUCGAAAGGAAUAAUCUUGAAUAAGUCAUGGAAUAGCUAUCCAACUGGAGGAAUAAAACCUGUGAAUGAUAACAGAGAUAAACUCAGAAGUUGUAUGCAAUAUUCCUACCUUAGGAAAUAUAAUAUUGAAGACUGGUUGCAAAAGCAUUCUGAAGGGAAUGCCAAAGGAACUACAUCAACAGCAGCUGUUGUAGAGAAUUUUAUAGGGGGAACAUAUGCAAUGUCAAGGCGAAUAUAUCAUGUUCACAACUAUGAGAUUGUGGUUAGUUUUCUUGUUAUCAUUCUUGUCAAGCUGACAGGACUAGUACUACGGUGCUUCACUGGGGUUUAUGUAAAUACUGUCCAAGUGAGAGGCUGGUGCCACCCCAAGAGAUAUGGCCAGAAAACUCGAAACUGGUUUCAGGGGCAUGUCAAAGCUAUUUUACGGUUAAGUUUUCGGAGAAUAGAUCCUCAG